AUGCUAGAUAAUAGCCAGGCGAUGGUCUGUGCAACGGGCGGUGGUCUGGACGGGUCGGGCGAGGAGUGUUUUGCCACGGCUAAGUUCUGUUCCGGGGUGCUCAACUCGCGAAUUGUGCUUUUUCGGUGCUCCAGAAUAGCCACGCUCAGCGCUAUCAUCAGAGACUGGUCCAAUCUCAAGGACGUUCUUGCGUACAGACCGCUCGACCUGAAGAACGAGACGGUGCUGGCCGUUGGAUGGCUCGACGACAGAAAAGUGCCGUUCCAGACCCGCCAACUGCAGACGCUUUUCAAACACGUUACCGGCGAGAUGUUGCAACCGUUCUUCAUCACCGACAAACAGACGCUGCACGCGGUGCUGGCGCACUACGAGUUCCGGUUUCUGGCCAACGAGUACGCCGACGUGUACGUUGCGUGCGAGACAGCAGAGCUGUCCGUGCAGUUCUGCAGCAGCCUGCUCGCGUACCUGUCCAAAUUUGGCUCCAUCGACAACUUCGAGAUGGCGGCGCAUCCGCCACAGGUGAUCAAGUGCUGUUUCCACGACGUGCGGUCUGCGUUCGACGCGCGCAAGGCGUGCGACUCGUUCGUCGGCAAAGUGCGCGUGCGCGUGAAAGGUUCUCUGGAGGAAGCGUGCAAGCUACCAGGACCCGCCAGCCCAGUUUUGGAGCCAGGACUCCAGGUGGUGAACUGGAUGACGGGCGAUUUCCAGCGCAGAGAACAAACCACGUUCGAUUUGGACACAGACGAGAAAAAAUACCACCACCUCAAACACAGAAGACUGGCCUCGUCCACGGCCGGGCCCAGCUUUGUGCCCAGCGAAAAUAAAAUAGACAUUGCCAAAAUCAGGUCCGGCCAAGACCAGCGCACCACGCUGAUGAUCCGCAACGUACCCAACAAGAUCAACCACAACGAGUUGAAGGAGUACAUCGACCUCACCAGCAAAAACCUGUACGACUUUCUGUAUUUGAGAGUGGACUUUGAGAACCACUGCAACGUUGGGUAUGCGUUUAUCUCGUUCACAGACCCAAAACACAUCAUCAAAUUCUAUCUGGCACGCGGUGGCAAGCGGUGGAACAAGUUCAACUCGGAGAAAGUGUGCGAGAUGUCGUACGCGCGGGUUCAGGGCCGGGCGAAGCUGAUUGAGAAGUUCCGCAACUCCAAAGUGAUGGUCGAGAACCCAGCGUACCGGCCGCGCCUGUACCACACCGAGGGCCCUCUCAAGGGCACCGAAAUCGAGUUCCCGGGCCCCACAAAGCGUCACAUCGCGGACGAAAUCUAG